AUGCCGAUGGAUGGGCGGCUGUACACAGCUGCUGAAAAAGGUGACAUGAAAGUUCUGGAAGAAUACAAGAGUCAGUUCGCCACCCAAUUAACUCCUUACAACAACACUGUCCUCCAUAUUGCAGCUCAAAAUAAAGGUUUAAAAUGGCAAAUUAACACAAGAGAUUUUCUUGCUAUCGCCGGUCCAGACUUAUUUUCCAGCUUGAACUCUAAUGGAGAUACUUUUAUUCAUACGGCUGCUAGGUGGGGCAACAGAGAUCUCGUCGAGGCCUUUAUCAACUACAUGAAAAAUUGUGGAGGGGUCGAUGGGGUUAUUGAUAUAGAAGCUGGUUCUGGCAUUCGAAAAACCAGGGAGUUCUUGAGGAUUACUAGCAACUACGGAAAUACGGCCUUGCACGAAGCUGUAAUGCAGAGGCAUGAUUGUAGUGUGGUAGAAUUGUUGGUUAAAGAAGAUCCUGACUUCUCACAUCCGCCUAACAAUGCUCGGAAGACUCCACUGUAUCUAGCUGUGGAGAUUAAAAAUGAAAAAUCAGUGGAACACAUCUUGAACAACUCCACUUCACCAUCUUAUGCUGGUCCCUAUGGCACAACUGUGCUACAUGCAGCUGCAAUGUAUAAUACUACAGGACAGCCCCUACCCACCUACCCUCAGCCUCUGGGUGGCCGGACGGCUGGUGCGGCAGUUGGUGCGGUAACUAUGGGCUGA